AUGGUGAAGCGGUGGAAGGAAGAGAUCGACACCCUUCUCGUCUACGCGGGUCUAUUCUCGGCCAUCCUCACCGCGUUCAAUGUCCAAUCGUACAUCCUCCUCCAACCCAGCUCCCCGGAUCCCACUCUUGCCGUAUUGCAGCAGAUCUCCCUCCAGCUCAACAGCUUCUCCGUCAACCCUCCUGGCGCACUCGUCAACUCUACCCAUCCUGUCACCCCCUUUGCCCCCAUCCCGACGGCCCCGGUUGAGGCGUGGGCUGUGUGGCUGAACAGCCUGUGGUUCUCCGCGCUCAUCUGCAGUCUCGCGUCCGCUUCGAUCGGCAUCUUGGUGAAGCAAUGGCUGCACGAGUACGAGGCCGGGAUCUCGGGGACCUCGGUGGAGAUCGCGCGGCUGCGGCAAUACCGACUCAAUCACUUGGAGAAAUGGCGCGUUGCGGAGAUUAUUGCAAUUCUUCCGGUCCUGCUCCAGGUCUCCCUCGCACUCUUCCUGGCUGGUAUACUCGUCCUUCUCUGGCACCUACACCCCACGGUCGCUUCCGUCGCCAGUACGCUCAUCAGCCUGCUGUUGUCGUUUGUGGUGGUCACGACUGUCAUGCCCGUGUUCUGGCGGGACUGCUGCUACCUCUCGCCUCCAACGUAC